UCCUUAGCCUCUGCUUCUGGGGGACUUUCCCCCGCCUCGCCGAUAUUACCUCCCACCCACCACUCUCAUUCUUUCUCUUUCUCCCUCUACUCUCUCUCUCUCUCUCUCUCUCUCUCUCUCUCUCUCCUUGUCUUGCUACAGCUGUCCUUGUGAUCAUCAUCUUUAUAUGCAUGUUCCGUGCCAUUUGUUUUUCCGGCGAAAAAUUAGAAGCGAUAAGAACGCCAAAAAGAAGAUAAAUUUUGCAUGAACAGCAAGCUUAGAUAUCUAAUAUUAUUUUUCCCACGGCUUAAAAGGAGUCUUAGCAAGGAAAAGCCGACAACAAAAAUUAGAGAAGGAAACAGAAAGGGAAAGAGAUUUCCUGUUCAAAGGACGUACAACCAAGUAAGACCAAGGAAGGGAGCAAAAAGAGGAGCCGACUGUGAAAAGCUUCAAGGGCUAGCUUUGGGAGAUCAUCCAUCCAUUUUCAUCAGCCACAUCUACCAUCAUCAAUUUCAAUAAUAGUAUAGCAGUAGUUUGAAGAAAGAAAAAGGUUUGACUGAAGAAAUCGAGGCCGCCCCACGUCUUGAACCAGAUCUCGUAAACUCUUGCCACAACCAAGAAUAUUUUGGUUUGAUUCCUUCUGAAGACAAAUCAGAGGAGAAAGUGGAACAUGGCAUCGUCAUCAAAUUCCCCAUGUGCAGCGUGCAAGUUUCUGAGGCGCAAAUGCCAGCCGGAGUGCGUUUUUGCACCAUAUUUCCCACCGGACCAACCCCAAAAAUUUGCAAACGUGCACAAAGUGUUUGGGGCAAGCAACGUGACGAAGCUUCUGAACGAGUUGCACCCCCACCAGCGCGAGGACGCCGUGAAUUCUCUCGCCUAUGAGGCUGACAUGCGUCUCCGUGACCCCGUCUACGGUUGCGUGGGAGUCAUCUCUCUCCUCCAACACCAACUUCGCCAACUUCAGAUGGACCUCAGUUGCGCCAAAUCUGAACUCUCUAAAUACCAGAACUUGGGCAUCACAAGCCACGGCCUAAUUGCCGCCGCCGCUGCUGCCGCAACGGCCACCAAUCACAAUCACCAGCAAAACUUGGGGAUUAAUCUGAUUGGCGGCGGCCGGGACCAUCACCACUACCAUCACCAGUUCUUUCCCAGGGAUCAGCAGCAGAUAAUCAGGAGCUUUGAUACGGGGAACAACUAUGAUGCAAGCCUUUUGGCCAUGAAUGUCUCGGCAAGCAUAGGGCAACUCAGUCAGUUUCAGCAAUCUAGGGCCGCUGCUGGGGACGACCGCCGUACCAUUGACCCCUCUUAGGGUUUCUUCCCUUCCAUGGAUCACAAACUUGCCCCAAGCCGUCACAGGGAUUGAACUUUGAAUUGGACGACUCAGCAUUGCGAGCGAGCUAAUUAAGAGAGAGAAAGAGAGUGUUUGGGAUUUUAUCUUAAUUAUUGAUACCCUUUUUAUAGACAAUUUUGUCAUAUCUAGCUCAUGCCUCUUCAGUCUUUACUUUUUAUG